AUGAGAGUGUCGGGUGGGUGUGGAGGGGCUGGUAUCAAUAAACUUAUAUUGGACAUAAAACAAUUUCAAGUAUAUCCCAAUCAUUCCAAAAUGGUUGAUGAAAUAAACGAAUCUAUUGAUAUUGUUGUUCAAGUAUUUAAUGACAACUGUGAUGAUAAUGUUGAUAAUGGUAAUAAAAAUGAAGAUCAAGAUACAUUAUGUAAUUACAAUAAUGGAGAUCAUCUUGAAGAUAUUGAAGAAGUAAACAAAAUGUCUCUGGUUCGAGUACCAGAAUAUCGAUUGAACGCACGUCCACUCUAUUGUAUACAAAAGAAGGAUAUUCGUUUGAUUCGACAAAAAUUCAAGGAACAAAAUCGUUUACUUUUAAAAACUUACAAAUCAAAUGCAAUGUAUUCGUGUACAAUCAAUGAAUUUGAAUCGAAAAUAUCUACAUUUUUUACACAAACGAAUGCUUAUGAUUUGAUUGAAGAACUUAAUACAACGGUGAAUCCAGAAUAUGUUGGAAAACAUCUUGACGAUCAAGUUGAUAAAGUCAAAAUGAUUCUCGAUAAUCUAUUAGAACAACAAUCUAUCAAUUUGAUGCAAUAUGAAGAAAUGAAAAUUAUGCGUUCAAAAGUUCGAUUAGAUUAUCUCUUUUUUUUACCAGAUACACGUAAAAGUGAAGUACCAGUACAACCAAUCAUGGUAUCUUGUCAAAGUCCAUUUGCUAAUAUAUCUCGAUUAUUAAAUCGUCUUAUUGAACCUAUCUAUGAUCAAGUAGCAUUACAUGAUACAUUUUUCAAAGGUUCCGAUGCCAUACAAGCUCUCGAAACAUAUAAAAACGAGAAUUAUUUACGAUCUACAACAUUAUUUGCUACUUUACAUGCGAAUAAUAUCUUGACUGUUUUGCAUCAUGAACAAGCAAUUGAAAUAUUGGAACGUUUUCUUCUUGAUAAUGUACAUUCAAAAGAAAUUCAAGGCAUAUCUAUUGAAACUAUUAUUCAAUUAGUUCGUUUACUUCUUGAUAAUCAAUGGUUUAUUUACCAAAAUAAAUUAUAUCGACAAAUUGGUGGAGGUGGAUCUGGUUCACCAUUUAUGUUACUUCUAGUUAAUAUCAUUCUUUAUGAUUGGCAAAAAGAAUUUCUUAUACAUUUGAAACAAAACAAUGAAUUAUUUGGCAGAUGUUUUGAUGAGAUGUUCUUUACAUGGAAUAAAUCUCAUGAUGAACUUACGGUAUUUAUUCAUCGAAUGAAUAUGAAAAAUUCUUUAAUUCAAGUUCAAUUUACAACUGGAACACAGAUCGAUUUUCUUGAUACAUAUAUAAGAUUUUUUAUUUAUGAUGAAAAUGAAGAUGAUAUGGAAUUAGAAACACAAGUUAAUCAUGAAUCAAAAGCUGAACCAUAUGCAUUACCUUAUAUUCAAAAUCUUUCAUCGGAUAUGUACUCAAAGUUAAUUCGAGCAGCAUUAAUUCGUGCAGCACUUUGUUGUUCAGAUAUUCAUGAAUUCAAACAAGAACAACAGUACAUUGUAUUAUCAUUUACACUCAACAAUUUUCCAAUUGAUUUUAUUAUGGAACAUGUCAUGGUAUUUUUCCUCGAAUUCUAUACGGCAGAGUUCGAUGAUGAUAUAUAUGAUCAAGAAUCUUAUUAUGAAUUACGUCAAAACGUUAUUAAAUAUGAUAAAAAAUGUGUCGAAAACCGAGUAAAACAUCAUCAACAAGCACAUAAUUAUAAUCUUCAAUAUGUAUCUGUAUCGACAAAAAAAUCAUCCUUCAGAUCUUUAAAACAAAAUAAUCAACGUUAUCGAAAACGUUUCAAUGGCAAUAGCCAAUCAGGAUUUUAUUUAGAUAUUGUCGGUCAACCAAAAUAUCCAGAAAAUACAAAAUAA